GGUUGACGCAAUAGCAAGUGCAAAAUUUUGCAUUGUUUUGCGGCUGCGAACUUGGGCGUCGUGCAAGCCCGACCUAGACCUCUGUACACUUGUGGCAACGUUGCCCUUGCAUGUUAUUAGGCCAUACUUAAGCGAUCUACAAUGCCCCGUGCCCUUUCACUUGCGCUGUUAGCCCCGCUGCUUUUACUUGCGGCGAGCGUCGGAACGGUUGAGGGAGCCCAGCGCCGGCAGCAACGCCGUCGUCGGCAGGUGGAGGUUGGAUCAGGGCCCACAUCGGAACAGAUAUGGGAUACGGGGCUCAUGGAGACAAAGCUCUCACACGUCAGCAUGCUGGAGAGAGGCCGGGAAUACUACGACGACACAACUGUACGGCGCUUUAAGGGCUUUGUCCUUGGCUACGUGACCCCCUGGAACCGCGGUGGAUAUAUGAAUGCCGUAACCUUCCGUCACAAGCUGGAUGCGGUGGCCCCCGUGUGGUUCCAAAUUAAGAUGCCGGAGGGUCAAGCUGCACCCACCAUCACCGGCACCCAUGAGAUCAACCAGACGUGGAUCUCUGAGCUUCGGGAGGGUGGCCGGGGUCCGCUGGUGGUUCCGCGCUUCGUGAUUGAGGCGGAGGUGCCGCAACACGUGGCGAUGGUCCAGAACCCGCGUGCGGUGCUGGAGGCUGUCAGAAAGGUGGUAACAGAGAACAACUUUGAUGGCAUGGUGCUUGAGACGUGGGUUGCCUGGCAGUCCUUCAACGGUCUGUCUAACGACAUGUUCAAGAAGGCUGCCAUGCAGCUGGUUUCGGGGCUGGCGGAGGCGAUGCACAGCAGCGGCGGCAAGAAGUUCUUCUUGGCUGUUCCGCCGCUACUGCCGGCCACGGAGAAGAGCCCUUGGCUGGCGCGGCAAGACUUCCUUGAUCUUGCACCCCACGUUGACGGCUUCUCGGUCAUGACCUACGACCACAACACAGCCACGGGGCGGCCUGGGGCCAACUGCCCGCUGCCCUGGCUGCAGGCCAACAUAAAGCACAUGGAGAAGGGGCCAAAGCGUUCGAAGGAGCCGCCCCUGCCAGAGGCAGUGCGCCCGCGUGUGCUGCUCGGGGCGAACUUCUACGGUUGGGAUUUUGCGCCCUCCCGCGGCGGCCUGGCUGCGGUCACCGUCUCCGACCUCGUUCCGCUGCUGCAGAAGCACCAGCCGGAGCUGAGGUGGGACGAGGGCGUGGAGGAGCACACGUUCCAGUACCAGGACAAGGAGGGCCAUGUUCACCACGUUUGGUACCCCACGCCCCGGAGCUUGGAGGCGAGGUUACAGGUUGCGCGCGAUGCUGGCGUGGGAAUCUCUGUAUGGGAACUCGGCCAGGGCUUGGAACGCUUCUUCGACCUCUUGUGAUUUGCUAAUUGUAACACCCAUCGGCCAUCGCAGGGUCUCCAACAAACGCUGGCCAAUUGCACGAUUAACCGAC